AUGCCGCGAGAAGUAGAACCAUCUCUCAAUGAGAGGCAGUUUGUUUUACAGGCUCUACAAGAGAACCUGCGGCUUGACGGCCGUGAGCUUGACCAAUACCGGCCGCUAGAGCUCAAUUUUGGCGAGGAAUAUGGCGUCGCAGACGUAACACUAGGCAAGACGAGAGUCCUCGCCAAAGCCACAGCCGAAGUCACGGUACCGUACACAGACCGACCUCUCGACGGCAUCUUCACCAUCGCCACCGAGCUCAGCCCGAUGACCUCCCCCUCCUUUGAGGUAAACCGCGCGACCGAAACCGAAGUGCUCCUCUCGCGCCUCCUCGAGAAGACGGUCCGCCGCUCGGGCGCGCUCGACACGGAAUCGCUCUGCCUCGUCGCCGGCCAAAAAUGCUGGUCCGUCCGCGUUGACGUGCACGUGCUCUCGCACGACGGCAACCUGAUCGACGCCGCGUGCUUCGCCGUCGUGGCCGCGCUGCGUCACUUUCGCAAGCCCGACACGAGUAUGGACGCCGGCGUGCUGACCGUGUACACGCCCGCCGAGCGGGAGCCGGUGCCGCUCAGCUGGCUGCACUCGCCCUUCUGCGUCACGUGGAGCUUCUUCGGGGAGGACGGCGAGUUUGCGGUGCUGGAUGCGACCUGGCUGGAGGAGCAGGUGCGGGUGGGUAGCUGCACCGUCAGCCUGAACAAGCAUGGGGAAAUCUGCCAGAUUGCGAAGCUGGGCGGGACACCGGUAGAUGCGGUCUCGCUGUUGCAAUGCACGAGCGUGGCGUUGACAAAGGUGAAGGAGUUUUCGGAGUUGAUGGACAGGAGAUUGACGGAGGACUUGAAGAGGAGGGAUAAGGGCGGAUUUAUGGCGCAGUUGAAGGCGGAUAAUGAUAGGUGA